UCCGAAGCAGUCAGUUUUUCAGCAGCUUGAAUUAGUCACUCGGCUUAAAGGAAGGGCAAAGACGGUUUUUUAUCUGGUUCAUCCUGGAGGCUAUGCUUUAGUCUUGCCUAUUAGAAUAGAGUUUUACAAAUUUGGGCUCUAAAAAUGCACAAUAUCAUUACCUGUUUAUUUCUGUUUUUGUCUCUAGUGAUAUUUUGGAAUUAUGUCUCGGCAGCAGUGGACGGCGGGUGGUCCGAAUGGUCCGGUUGGAGUGGUUGUGCACCAGGUAUUUGCGCGGGAAAUCAGCGUAUUCGAACGAGAACUUGCACCAAACCCAUACCAAGUGAAGAUGGAAAGUAUUGUGAUGAAGGAGACAGUUCGGAACAAAAGGACUGCAUGAUUGACGGCGGUUUCACAGAAUGGAGUCAGUGGUCUCUCUGCGAGAACCCGUGCGGGGGAUCUGUAGUCAACAGGACCAGGGCUUGUACUAACCCUACACCCACCCCGGACGGGAAGCCAUGCUCUGGUGACACGUUUCAAACCAAGCUGGAAUGUAUUGGGCCGUGUCCAACUGGCCCUCUUGACGGCAAUUGGGGUUCCUGGACUCCGUGGACACAGUGUUCCCAAACAUGUGGAAUAUCAGGUGGAACCAUUUUGAAAAGAACAAGAUUGUGCAAUCAACCGCCCGCAAUGAAUGGUGGGAAAAACUGUGUUGGGAACGACACAGAGACGGCGAUAUCUUGCUUCACACCUUGUCCAGUCGAUGGCGGUUUCGGUUUGUGGUCCGCGUGGACAACGUGCAGUCAGACGUGUGGGACUGGUUCCCAGUCUAGAAGCAGACCCUGUGAUAACCCGACCCCUGAUGCUGGAGGACAAAACUGCACAGGGGACUUCACUCAGGCGAAAAGCUGUAAGCUUACGUCAUGUCCUGACGCUGUCAAUGGUGGGUGGUCAGCGUACUCAUCUUGGAGCGCAUGCACAGAACCCAAAUAUUGUCUUCAAGGCUCCAAGAAACGAACAAGAACCUGCACCAGUCCUCCUCCGGCAAACGGCGGUGACGACUGCGCUGGACUGGCAGAAGAACAAAAAAUUUGUCCCACACAAGAGGACGGGUGUACUACCUACCAGCCGAACAAACCUGACAAAACUGCAACUGAUCCCAAAUCCUGGAUUGCUACCCAAUGUGGUGCAGCUGAAAAGUUCUCAGCCACUGGAGCUUAUAAAAACGACAUUCCCAGUGCGGUGUAUCAUGAUUCAAACUUUAAUUUUAUGAGAACUGAGCUGGAAAGCGGAUGGUUUGCCGUUCAAAUGGUUCCUGAUGAUAAAGAUGAUUAUGGACAAAAGCAGCUAACCAAGGUAUGCUUUGAGAUAAUCGAUCCACUGACUAUCGAUAAAGUCGUAACCAACAAGGCAACUUACUACACGAAGAUCGAUGCUUUACCAGAGUGGACCAAGCCUGCCUUAACUGAGAAUGUUCCCGCGUUUACCAUCUGGAUCGAUGAGUCACAAGCUCUCAGAAAAUACGAGUUUCAGUGUGCAAAAUCCGAUGAGUAUGUGCCGUUAACCGGAUAUGUGAUGAAGGACGUCAGGUUCUCUUACUACACCGAGGGAAAUUCGCAGACAUUUAAAGCCAAGGGGGAUUACUAUCUCACAACAGGAACUUUGUUCAAGACGGAAGUAAAGAAGGAUGUGAUUACUGGCGGAGUGUACGCCACAGGCAAUGCUGAUUCUGCUACAUUCGCAGACAUGAUGGCUUCAUUUGGUUUAGAUCCUGCCUCCUUGCCUAGCUUUCUGGUGGAUGCUCUGAAAGGAGUUGGCCUCUGGGAUUUUACCAUGCGACCUGUCCAGUUAGUGAGGAAACUAGAAAAGAAUGGCGUCUUCAGAUUCACAGCGUCAAUCGAUUUGGGAGGUGUUCCGGUGCACGUUGAGAUUUUAACGGGAAUCAGGUUUGGAAGACCGACAUUCGCUGUUGGGUUUGCCUUUGAUAGAGAAUCAUAUGGAAAACUAGCGGAAAAACUCUCUGGCAUCGGAGUUGAUUUCCUGGACAAACUUGGACUAGAGUUUGAGAUUGGAAUGUCCUUUCAUCCUCCCGAAGGCUUGGGAUUUCAACAACUUUACGUCGAUGCAGAGACCAAGUUUUCUAAAGAGCCACUUCACAGCUUUGUUUUCACUAGUGUUCCGCAAGGUAUCUUUGCCGCAGCCCAGAUAGUUCUACCGAAGGACUGCCAAGGCAACAUAUUCUGUGAAAUAAUGAAGAUGAUCGUAGGGCCAACAAUCAAGUGGUACAUUACUGGUCAGUUUGAAUGGAAAAAGAUUCGUGUCGCUACAGGUUUCGCAAAUGUUCGUAUCUAUGACGGCCUCUACUUUCACAAACUUGAGCUAUACGUCGAGGCUGACUGGAACGAUACAAAUACUCAUAUCAAGAUAGGAUUCCGUGCAGACAUCAAGGUCCCGGUGAACGGUGACAUCUAUCGUGACGGUAUCAAGGCUCCUAAUAGUGAACUGUUCUUGUUUGGUGUGUUGGAAUACGAUUUCACGGAACAGGUAGUGGGUGGCAAACUGGGUAUGCGCGGAAUUUGGCGAAGGGCGUACUUCAUACCAUUCCUUGGUAUAGGAAACAUUUUCCUUGGGUUGACGUACAAAGUCGGAGCGCCUAUACCCAUCACUGGUGUGCAGUUUGGAAUGCGAGUAGAAUUUGGAUACGACUGUCUAAUACCGGCAGACUUUAAUAACGAUGGUCAUUGUUUUGGAGGCAGUGGCUAUUUUGGUGUUGGAACACCGCAGUUCUUUUACGCCGACAUGACUGCAUUGACUCUUGGGAAGAUUAUUCGACUUCUGGGAUUCACUUUCCCACUUCCGCCUCCAAUAGCACAGACGGGCUUCCCAGAAGGCGCUGCGGGCUCAUACGCUGAAGAUGCCUUUGAUUUACGUAUCGCUGGUGGCCCCUACAUCUACAAGGGCUUCAUGAUCAAAGGAACAGUCAAUAUUCUGGGAUGGGAGAUCUACGCGCAUGUCAAGUUAUCAGAUGAGGCAAUUUUCGUGGACUUGAAGCCGGAUCCAGUUAAGAUUUUAGACAUUGCAGAGAUUGUCCGUAGCCCGACAGAGAAAGACCUGGGACCUUGGUUCUAUGUCGAUGCCAGACAGACCCCAAUCUUCAUCGAGGCGUAUAUUGAGGGGUAUACAAAUCUGCUUGGAAUCUCCACAUACUGCCGAUUGAAUCUGACAAUGACUCAAAUGGAGUUGCUAAUCCAAGGGAACUUCCUGGAACUCAUAAGGGCUGAGUUGUUUGUUUCAGCAAGUUACAGCACGACCUUCAUAGGCGCACAGUUUUACGUCAGAGUUACAGUGGACUUGAGCGGAAUAAACGACGCUUUAGACGCUGCAGCCAAGGCUGUAAAAGGUGCUUUUGAUGAGGCGCAAAAGAAGCUUGCUGAUGCAAGAGAGGCCGUCAUCAGGGAAAAGGAAAACUGUAAGAGAAAGAUGUCACUCAAAUGUGAUAACUGUAGAAAACUUAAAUGUGCUCAAGCGGAACGAAAUUGUAAAGGAUUCUUGGACAAGGCUGGCAAAUGGAUUGGAGGCGUAGUCAAUUCUGUUGGACAAUGGAUCACGGGGACUGUAAAAAAGAUCGGCAAAGCUUUGGCUCCGGUUGGCAAAGCGAUCAAGAAAUUUUUCAAGGGCUGGAGAAAGAGACGAGAACUUCAAGACAUGCGCAAUGAGAACUUUGCACUUCAUAUUCGUCGACGUCGAUUUAUCAGCAAAAUUAUAUGCGAGGGUCUUGUGGGAGGAGGGUGCGACGCUGUGGCUAGUCUUUGCGAGGGAUCGUGCAAGUUCGUUGAACAUAUCGGCAAAGGUCUGUGUAACCUACUGGAUGUUGCUGUUGGCUUUCUAAAGUUAACCGAGAUGGCCACCAACUGGGUCAGCCAGGCUAUUAACUUUGUCCUGACCCAGUUGUUUAGAGUUUACAGCAUCAAGUUCGAGUUUGGUCUGGCAGCGUACGCGAACGGAGCACACAGCAACGUCAUUUUCAACGCAGCCGUGGACCUCGUCAUAUUUGGGAAACGUCUUUACCUAGCUGUUAAUUUCAACCUGAAUGAUCCGGUUGGCAGUCUGAAGACUGGGGCAGAUACUGCAACUGAGUGGUACAAGGACAAAAUGAAUAACAAGGGUGCUACAGACACUGAGAAAAAUUACUACGACAAUCCAAAUCCCUUUGCUGACUUUGAAAUGUCAGAAAUAUUCUUGAUAGAGAAUCAGCAGUCCGCGACGGAUACCAGGCGCGGACCCUGUUUGUACGUGGACUCUAAGGAAGACGGCGCUCUUAUUAGAGUAACAGGUUGUAAUGAUACUGAUGAGAAACAGAAUUGGGCUUAUACCCUGAAAGGACAAGUUAUGAACUCGUGGUCCCAGUUGUGCAUCGAUACAAAUGGAGCUUCCAAGGGUUCAAAGCUGAUACAAACCAAAUGUGACCCGAGGCAGGAUGAUCAGAAUUUCCAGUGUGACUUGGCGGUCAGAUCCAUCAAGAGAAGGAGGGCUGACCAGUGUUGGACGGUCGGUACGACAAGCCUGAAUGGUCCUGGUUCUUUGGUUCAUCUCGGUUCCUUGAAGUGUAUUCACCCACAGGGGGGAGGGAACAAUGUAGCAGAAGGCACCAAGUUACUCAUACAUAGCGGAUGUAGUGAGAGCAGAUUAGAAUUUGUCCUGGAAAAUGGCAAUCUGAAACACACUAAGAGUGGAAAAUGUGUGCAGCCAAUAGGAGCAGCGGCAGAUGGUACAGGGCUUGGUUUAUACUCGUCAUGUGGUGGACAUCAGUUCAGUUUCACUGCUGGAGGGUCACUACAACACGUGGGAAGUAAAAAGUGUGUCAAUACGAAAUCAGAAACAAUGAUUCCAGCUGACAGUGAAGAAAUAGUGUUAAGCAGCAAGUGCGAAAAUAGUGACUCCUCUCUAAACAAGGAACAUCUCUUGUUUAGUUUUAUUCCAACCGACCCGAACGUACAUCUUGACAAGUGUACAUAUUUUGAUCAAGCAAGACUGGAUCAGCGCUUUGAGGUGUUGGAUGAAUUAGGCAUAAGUAUCUGUAGCAAGUUUGCCAGAAAUCUAGCUUUCAAGAAGACAACGGAACAGUCAAGCACUGAUCACAACGGGUUCAGCAGCCGAGCUGUGGAUGAAAAUUAUUCAAUUUUCUACAGAGACAAGACUUGCACACAUACCAAAAGAGAAACCAAACCGUGGUGGAGAGUUGAUCUCGGACAGGAGUACAUCGUUACAGAUGUGAUGAUCGUAAAUCGCUAUGAAUAUUUCGAAAGACUGACGAACUUUGACGUAAGGGUUGGUGUCAACAAAGACAACCUACGGAACCCAACGUGCCACGAUCGCGUGAGGACUGUGGGCCAGGGACAAGCUCUGAGAGUUCAGUGCGAUCCACCAAUCCCAGGGCGAUACGUGUCAGUGCAGAUGUUUGGAGAAGGAAUUCUGACCAUGUGUGAGGUGACAGUUUACUCCAGAGUCGGCGCCUUUGCAGAUCUGUGUCAGCUUGAUAAUGGUGGCUGUGAACAGGUUUGUUAUAACCUGUGUAACCUGAAAGUCAAGUGCGGCUGCUGGCCUGGUUACACUCUUACUUAUGACGCCAAGACGUGUAUGGAUAAGGACGAAUGCAAUGUGAACAAUGGCGGUUGUGAUAUUGUAAAUGGUUUGUGUAUUAACACGCCGGGUAGCUAUCAUUGCCGAUGUAAACAGGGAUACGAGCUUAAAGAGAACAGCGAACUCGUCUGUGAAGAUUACAACGAAUGUAACCUGAAUAACGCGGGAUGUGAACAGGUUUGUAACAACACUGCAGGAAGCUUCAACUGCGAUUGCAGAGCAGGAUUUAAACUUAAAGCUGACAAAAUGGGCUGUGAAGACAUCAAUGAAUGUGAUACAGACAAAGGUGGCUGUGACCAUAAAUGUACCAAUUAUGAAGGUGGAUAUUACUGUACCUGCCCGACUGGAUAUCGACUCAUGGACGACGACAGAGGAUGUGAAGAGAUUUAUUGCCCCGCGUUGGAAGCUCCAUUCCGUGGUCUGAUCACCCCAGCAACUUGCACGGAUGAACGUGCAAAUAUCAAACGUAACACUGUCUGUACAUACGGAUGUGUUGCUGGACACAAGAUCGCGGGCGGAGAUCUAUCCGUAACCUGUCAGAUCGAUGGAUUAUGGGAAGGAACUGUACCUUAUUGUAAACCGGUCGUGUGUUCAAAGCUGACUGUACCUGACAAUGGUGGAGUGGUCCCAUCAUCAUGCUCACAAACAGACGUCGAGUACGGUACACGAUGUGUCUUCUACUGCAAUGAUGGAUAUGAACUAAGCGGUCCCAGGUAUACCGGAUGUCAAAAUGACACUUCAUGGACGGAGAUCGCUCCUCUGUCUUGUGUCAGAGGUCAGUUUAGCCGUGUGCGCUGCUUACUUUUACGCCGCAAUUUCGGAACGAAUACAAUAGCACUCACAAGAAAACCUCAAAAUGUGAUGAUCGUAAAUCGCUAUGAAUAUUUCGAAAGACUGACGAACUUUGACGUAAGGGUUGGUGUCAACAAAGACAACCUACGGAACCCAACGUGCCACGAUCGCGUGAGGACUGUGGGCCAGGGACAAGCUCUGAGAGUUCAGUGCGAUCCACCAAUCCCAGGGCGAUACGUGUCAGUGCAGAUGUUUGGAGAAGGAAUUCUGACCAUGUGUGAGGUGACAGUUUACUCCAGAGUCGGCGCCUUUGCAGAUCUGUGUCAGCUUGAUAAUGGUGGCUGUGAACAGGUUUGUUAUAACCUGUGUAACCUGAAAGUCAAGUGCGGCUGCUGGCCUGGUUACACUCUUACUUAUGACGCCAAGACGUGUAUGGAUAAGGACGAAUGCAAUGUGAACAAUGGCGGUUGUGAUAUUGUAAAUGGUUUGUGUAUUAACACGCCGGGUAGCUAUCAUUGCCGAUGUAAACAGGGAUACGAGCUUAAAGAGAACAGCGAACUCGUCUGUGAAGAUUACAACGAAUGUAACCUGAAUAACGCGGGAUGUGAACAGGUUUGUAACAACACUGCAGGAAGCUUCAACUGCGAUUGCAGAGCAGGAUUUAAACUUAAAGCUGACAAAAUGGGCUGUGAAGACAUCAAUGAAUGUGAUACAGACAAAGGUGGCUGUGACCAUAAAUGUACCAAUUAUGAAGGUGGAUAUUACUGUACCUGCCCGACUGGAUAUCGACUCAUGGACGACGACAGAGGAUGUGAAGGUACACCUUCAUUUUGUCUCGGAAUCAUGUAAACCAUAGAUUCUUAUUUACGUUUCGACUUAUUCGGCCAUUCCUUCUUGAAGUCACGGUUGAUGAAACCACACGAAGCCCUCCUCUCCGGCAUCACUGACUUGGAUUUGGACUUCGGACCUGGCGAAAUAUUGUAAUGCGUGGCUCCCUAGUUUAAAUUUUAGCUUCUUCAAAAAACCAACAUGAUGCAUCCUCCUGUUAUUAUUCUAGUUAUGUUAUUACUGGUUGGAUAUUUAUAAUGCGAAGAACGUUUGUA